AUGGACUUCGCGGAGCUGGAGGCCGUGGAGGGCCUCCGGUGGCCGUGGCACUCGUGGCCGCCGACGGCACCCGCCGCCGCGUCCCUCGUCGUGCCCACCGCCGUGCUCUGCUCGCCGCUGCAGCACCCCACGGCGCCCGACCUCCUCCCGCUGCUCCCCUACGCGCCGCUCCACUGCGCCUCCCCGGGGUGCGGCGCCGCGCUCAACCCGUUCUCGCGCGUGCACCACGGCUCCGCGCGCUGGUCCUGCCCCUUCUGCGGCGCCGCCGCCAACCCGUUCCCGCGCCUCCUGGCCCCCGACGCGCUCCCCGCCGAGCUCUUCCCCACCCACUCCAGCGUCGAGUACGCGCUGCCCCCGGACCCCGCCGAGGCCGGGGGGCCGGGGCCACCGGCGCUCGUGUUCGUGAUCGACGCGGCCACGGCUGCCGAGGAGCUCGCCGUGCUCAAGGACGAGGUGCGCAGGGUCGUGCAGGGGCUGCCCGAGGGGAUCAGGGUGGCGCUCGUCACUUUUGCUGCGUCCGUGUGGGUGCACGAUCUUGGAUUUGAGGGUUGCGCUCGGGUGGUUGUGCUCAAUGGCGAGCGUGAGCUCGAGUCUGACAAGAUACAAGAACUACUAGGUGUUCACCGUUCACCGUACAAGAAGUUGGCUAUGCAAAGGUCCAUUGAAGCGCAGCGAUUUUUGCUGCCUGUUUCUGAAUGUGAAUUUAACAUCACAUCUGCAAUAGAGGACCUGAACUCCAUGUCUCCGUGUCCACGUGGGCAUCGUCCUUUAAGAGCAACUGGCGCAGCGAUUUCCACUGCUAUUGCUCUUCUAGAGGGUUGCUGCUCACCCAGUACCGGUGGUCGGAUUAUGGUCUUUACAUCUGGUCCUGCAACAGUUGGUCCAGGGUGUGUGGUGGAAACUGAUCUUGGGAAAGCAAUUCGUUCUCAUCGUGACAUAUUCAAUAGCAACGCACCACUGACUGACAAAGCACGUGAUUUCUAUAAGAAAGUUGCAAAGAGGUUGACAGACCAUGCGUUAGUUCUUGAUCUAUUCGCCUGCUCUCUUGAUCAGGUUGGGGCUGCAGAGCUGAGGAAUCCAAUUGAAGUGUCAGGGGGGUUAAUGGUGCAUACAGAGUCAUUUGAGUCUGAGCAGUUCAAAAGCUGUUUUAGGCAUAUGUUCAAGCGUGAAGGCACCAAUUACCUUAAUAUGAACUUUAAUGCGACGGUUGAAAUAGUGACAUCAAAGGAGGUGAAGAUUUGUGGUGCCCUUGGUCCCUGCAUUUCCCUCCACAGGAAAAAUAGCUCAGUUAGUGAUAAGGAAAUUGGUGAAGGUGGGACAAAUUAUUGGAAAACUAGUUCACUGAGCAGCAAGACCAGCAUUGCUUUCUUUUUCCGAGUUGAUUGCAGUCAUAAAGCUGAGCCCCCGACUGUCUUCUUUAUUCAGUUCAUGACAAGGUACCGACAUGGUGAUGGUAGUUAUCGCCUAAGGGUAACGACCGUUGCAAGAAGGUGGGCUGCUCCUCGAUCUCCUGAAAUUGCUGCAGGGUUUGAUCAGGAAGCUGCUGCAGCUGUUAUGGCCAGGCUUGCUGUUUACAGGGCAGAGACAUACCAUGUUAGAGAUGUUAUACGAUGGCUUGACAAGAUGCUUAUCCGCUUUACUGCUAAGUUUGGAAACUAUGUUCCUGAAGAUCCAUCUACAUUUCGGCUGUCAACAAACUUCUCCUUGUAUCCGCAGUUCAUGUACUACUUGCGGAGAUCACAGUUCAUUGAUGUUUUCAACAGCUCUCCCGAUGAAACUGCUUUCUUCAGGUUGAUGCUGAAUAGGGAGGGAGUUGUGGGGUCUCUAAUCAUGAUACAGCCUACUCUAUUCCAGUACUCAUUCGAUGGACCACCUAUUCCUGUGCUGUUAGAUGUCAGCUCGAUCUCUCCUGAUGUCAUUUUACUAUUUGAUUCAUACUUCUAUAUCGUGAUUCAUUAUGGCUCAAAGAUUGCUCAAUGGAGGAAGCUUGGCUAUCAUAAGGACCCAAACCAUGAAAAUUUGAGGAAGCUCCUUGAAGCACCAGAAGUAGAUGCGGAGGCACUACUUGUAGACCGUUUCCCUGUGCCAAAACUCAUAAAGUGUGACCAGCAUGGUAGCCAGGCCAGGUUCCUGCUCGCUCGGUUGAAUCCAUCUGUGACACAGAAAACACAGCUUUCAGAGGGAUCUGAAGUCAUUUUCACCGACGAUGUUAGUUUGCAAGUGUUUAUUGAACACUUGCAGGAGUUGGCUGUUCAGGGCUAG